AUGGGUUCCCGGGAGCUGUUUUACAACUACAAGGAGACGCGGGUGAGCCUCGAGCCCACACCUGCGACCGUUGUGAAUGCCACGGUGCCGGCCGUUAGCGGUGGCCGACGUAUCAGCGGCCGGACUGGCCAUGGAGGCGGGAGCGGAAGCGGUCGAGGAGGCAUUCUUGGCGGCAGCAGCAGUAACAGCAGCUUUGCGGGCGACAACUACACAGAGGAGGAGCGUGCCUAUAGAGCCAAAAGCCUGGCGACCGAAUCAUCCAUCUUCCACCGGAAGCAUCACGACUCGCCCCGCAGCUUCCUAUGGCGGGUGCUGGAGCGCGGCCAUGUGCUCAGCAUACGCGCCAUUGAUAUUGGCAAGCCCGACGCCGGCGCGCUCGACGCCCCCCUGACGCUCUACCUGCACUUCCCCAAGCCGAUCCGGCCUGGCUGCGUGGCCCUGGCCGACCCUCCGCAGCACGACGCGCUCACCGUCUUUGUUCUGGACGAGUCGUUCCACCUGCACCACCUGCAGCUGCGGCCAGACGUGUUCCGCAAGCGGUCCUUCAGCGAGGCUGACCUGGGUGAGGCUUGGAGGCCUUAUCUCUCGGCCACGUUCAACUUCAAGCAGCCUCGCCGGCUGGUGGCUGUCAGUGCCAACGAGUUUGUUGUGGCUCUGAAUGAUGGUGGCCUGAUCAGCUUCCGCCGCGACCAUGCGCGUGAAUCAUCCUCCUGGAACGAGUCCUUCCACAGCCCGGUCGGCCUCAUGCAGGGCCUGCGCAGCAUUCUUCCGUUCCAGGGCGGCCCGACGAUCAAAUACGAAGGCAGCAGCUUGGAAAUCACAGCCGCAGCAUCAGCUGUCGUCACAUGCAUGGGUCUCGACGUCACGUUCAUGUUCUCCGUCUGCCUCGACCACCGCCUUCGCGUAUGGAACGUCGGGAGAGGCGAGGUAUGCUACACGGGCGAUGUGCUUGGUCUUCGGCGGGAUCCCCACGAGACCGGCAGAUGGACGGUGGACCCGAGCCAAACCAACCUCAUCCGCGUGGUGGAUGUGGGAAAGGGCCUCUGCAUCUGCGUGACAUACUCGCCCGUGGGUGCCGGGGCAUUUAAGAUAUGGAGGGCCAAGGCCACCGACGACGGCAAGGUCACGAUGGAGCCGUUUGCGGGUGCGGAGAGCCCACUUGUGCCUCCGACACCGACGUCGUCAGACGUGUGGACACUGGCCGAUUUUGUGGUGUCGCAGCCGGACCAAAGCUCGAUGAGCCUGUGGGUGUUGUGGAAGAACAAUCUGAUCUACCGGGCGAUGAAGCUUGAGUGCCUGUCAGAGAACCUCGGAUCCGACUGGGAGCACGGCUGGCAAGGCGUGCACACGGAGAGCUCGCUGCCGACAGCACAGACGUCUGGUCCGUGCGAUCCCACGGACGCGGCCGAGAAGUGGCUCGACCUGAUCUUCUAUCCCGGCCGGUUCUCCAAGGCGACGCUAGAGACGGCCCUGGCCAUGUACGAGCGGGGGCUGGGAGCGGCGCACGAGGGCAGCGCGCAGACGUCGGGCAAGAGCCUGAUGGAGUCGAUCUGCUCGGCGCUGGGAUCGGCGGCAACGCUAGAGCGGACGGGGUCAGGAGCGAUGGACUACGACCUGUUCCGCAGCGCGGGCGAGAUCCAGUGGCGGCGAUUCUACCGGCUGCUGGUAGAACUGGACAAACAGCGAGGCGAGGCGCUGUCGCUGGCGCUGGACCCAGAGCUGGGGCUGGCCUGGGUGGUGUGCACCGACUGCGUGGCAGCGAUCCGCGAGUGCAGCAAGUUGGAGCAGCUCUGUCACAACGGGCCGAGCAGGACGAUGAGCGCACGGCAGCAGAAGGUGUCAAGGCUGCUCACGGCCGGCUUCACCUUCCUCGAGAGCUUCUCGGACGGGAUGUUGCAGCAGAGCGAGGCGGCACUCCGGCCGGAGCUGUUCGAGGACUCGUCCAAGACGGACGAGGAGCGGAUGCAGUACCUCUCGGACAAGGCCGGGUUCUGGCGGCACCUGACGGAGGAUGAGUGCGCGCAGGUGGUGGACGUGCUGGGGGACAACUUUGAGGACGUGGAGGAAAGCAGCUACGAGGAGCUGUUCUCGCUGCUGAAAGACGUGCACACGCCAGAUGUGCGCUACCCGCUGUCGCAGUUCGGCCGGAAGCUGGCCAUCCGCGGAAUCCAGGACUCGGCCGAGCUGCUGUGGCAGGUGCUGUUCCGCCAGCUGAUCUUGCUGGUGCACAUGGAGUUUGAGGUGGAGGACGAGAAGAGCGUGCUGCACAGCCGUCUGGACGUCGGCCAGGUGUACAUCCGGCUGGUCGAAUCGCUGAAGCGGCUGGAGCUGAUCCGAUGGCUGGCCAAGAACGAAUUCAGCGUGGCCCUUUCUCGGUCUGCGCGCGAGUCUCUGUCCGGCUCAUUUUCCGCAUCCUUUUCUGGUUCCAUGUCAGCAACGGGCUCCUUCUCGGGAGGCUCACCCUCGGCGAACCGUCGUGGUGGCGGUGGUAGCGAGGAGAGCCAAGUUGUGACGGUCCUCGAGGCUAGCGUGAGCCAUCUGCUCGGCCUGGCUUCGCUCUCAGGCCUUCCGCUGGCGUCACUGCUGACCGACAUGAUUGUCGAGGUUUGCUCGACCAAGAACCAGGUCGAGCUGGACCCGACCAUGAUCCAGUGCAUGCUGCUCAAGCGCGAGCGGCCAGACCUGUCGCUACAGCUGGGAUCCUUUUCCAACGACGACCCGUUCUCGACCUACGUCCAAGGCCGCACGUUUCUCGCCCUGCGCGACUGGGACACUGCUGCCGAGUACUUCAAGAAGGCAGCGGUAGGGCUGAGUGUGAAGCUGCGUCUGGCCUCCCGCCAUAGCGCAGGUCUGAUCGACGAGAGCGAAUGGAACCUGUUCUAUAGCGGGUUGCCGAACUACUAUGCGCACAUUGUGGCGUUGUACGACCGCCAGAAGGCGUAUUCAUUUGUGAUUGACUUUGCGCGGCUGUCGCUGCAGUUUUCGCGCCCGGGUUCGCGGGGUGGCGGCUCGGACGCGUUGACGACGGCGACGUCGGCAGACGCAGCCCGGAUGGACAUGCUGAGCCGGCAGUUCACGGCGGCGACGGCACUGGCGCGGUUUGACCUGGCGCAUACAGUGCUGCAGGGCAUGGGCAGCGACGCAGCGAUGCAGCAGGCUUGUCUGCGCUUCCUAGUCGAGAAGAUGGCCGAGACGGGCCAAGUGGCGCAGCUGAUGGGGUUGCCGUUCCCGGGGCUGCGCGACGCCGUUGACGGCGUGCUGGAGCACAAAUGCCGGGCGGCCAUGGAGGUGAUGCGCGGCACGCAGUGGCAUCAGAUUUUGUACGGCUGGCGCAUCGCCCACAACGAUUACCGUGGCGCGGCGGCGGUGUUGCUGGACCGGCUGCAGAAGCUGCAGCAGGCCGGCGAGGGCGACAAGUUUGUGUCGGCUAUCGGCGGCGUGGGAGGCGAGACAGACGUGCUCGACACGCCGGUGACGCGGCAGUAUCUGAUGCUGAUCAACACGCUGAGCUGUGUGGAGCCAAAGCAGGCGUGGAUCUACACGGAAGACCUGUCUCUGCGGGUUGGCAGCGGCGGUAUCGAUGGUGAUGGCGAUGGUGACAGCGUGGACAUAGGAGGUAAUGGCGAAGACGCAGAUGAUUCGAGCAGUGUUCGGGCCACUGUGGAAGUCGAUGGAGACGACAAGGACGGACUCGCAGCAGCAGCAGCAGAUACGACGACAACGACAACCGCGACUCCACCUAUCAAAACCAACGGGACCAAGCACAAGGGGACAGCAGUGUCUUCGGGCAGUGACGCCAUGGCUGAGCUGCUCAAGAAGGCGGCAGCAGCAAAGAGACAGCCGUGGCGCAAGGUGGUGACACUGGCCGACAUCCGGAAACAGUACCAGGACGAGCUCGAUCGAAUUGCUGCGAUCCAGAACAACCAGUUUGAGUUUGGCGACGACGAGGACGUGAGCAUGGCCGACGAUUGA